CAUGGCAACAUUGAUUUAUAAAAAAAGACCAACUAAAUAGAAUUUAAUCGGAAUAAAGUUACAAUGGAGGAACUUCAUAAAGCAGGGCUUUAUAUGGACGAAAUCUAUAGGCUCCGAGUCCAGGAUCCAACGAUUGCCAACCAGACAAUUGAGCUGCGACAGGAGUGCUUGGAAUAUUCAAGAAACUUGCAAGUUUUUAAAAAGUUCGGUGAGGACUUCUACAAAAUAUCGUCUAAUUUCGCUAAAGAUGUCGAGAAUGAAAAACUGCGUGCAAUUGGCACACAGAACCAGCUCAAGACAAUGGCCAAACAGCGUCAGACGGAGCAGCAAGUUUAUCAGAGCCAGAUUCUAGAGCAGACAGUGGAACUCGAGCGUGUGAAAAGCGAGUAUCAAUAUUUGCAGCGCAUUGAGUCCGAACAGCAAGAGAUUAUCAACAAUUUCCUAAUGAACCAAUAAAAUAACAUUUAUUUUUAUUAAA